CAUUUUUACUAUCUUUCCAGGGACGAUAACGCUACCACUUCCGGUUUUAUGUCAAACGUGAAUUUGACAGACAAAGACGAGACAAUGUUAUAGCGAAUCCGCUUGUUCUAAUGCAUCGCGGGAACCACAUCUUGCUGUCUGCAGGUUUAGGACAGAGAAUAUGUCACAAACAACGUCUGCACAUUGUGGCAAAUUUUGGUAUCAAAACGGCGGCACGUUACUGUGCAGUUUGAUGUGACUCACAACUCACAUUGUAUUUUUUAACCCGGCGUUGAACCGGCUUCACUUGGUUUUUCGAAAAUUUUCCAGCGUGCUGUGAUUGUACGUUGCAACAAAUGUGUUGCAAAUUUGAUUCUACUUGUUAUUUUAUAUUUAUGUGACCGACUUGUAAAAUGAUGCGAAAAUUAGCUGCAACGGAUUUUACAAGUACUACUGGCUACUUCGAUGACAGUUACUACAAUGGUGGCCAUAGGGAAGUACACACAGGACCAUCUCUGGUUCUCAUCGUGGGUCUCACCAUGGCAUUUGUGGGAGCAGCCAUAUUGAUAGUGGUCAUCUGCUGUGUAUGCAGGAAGCGCCAGCCUCCAGAUUCCCAAGGCGCCAUGUACGAACGGGCAGCAACAUCGGACGGCCAGAGCGUGGUCACCUCCUACCCCCUUGGUCCAGUAACAACAGGUAGUGCUCAGUCCACCCAGUCUGGCAUGACUGUUUCCAAGACAACGUCAACCGCUGCGUCUCAAAUGUCCAGUGGAGGCCCCCCGAUGCCUCAACCACCACAGCCUGGUCAGAUGUAUGGAGGCCACCCAGGACACCCCGGACACCCUGGACACCCCGGACACCCCGGACACCAGCCUUACCCAGGGUACCCUAACGCAGCUAACAUGGGCCCUCCCUACAUGUACCAAGUCCCUCAGCCUACCUUCCAGCCAAUGACAACUCUGGCUGUGUUUGGUGCCCCGGACGGUGCCCCCCCGGAGAACUCCCAGGCCAACACCUCUGGGGGAACACCCAUGCCAUACUCUCUGUACUCCCCUGGACCAGGGGAGAUGAAGCAGCCUUUGCCACAGGGGGUGCCACAUCAUUUACAGCAAGAAUUUCAGCGCCAAGUUAAUAUGGCCACUCAGCAAUACAACACAAACCAGCAGCAAUCUUCUGAGUUUCCACGGCAACAAGCCACUGCCCCGCCUCCACCUGCUCCCAUGUAGAUGUUUUAGGCAGCUUUUAUGUAUUUGAACCUUGUUUGACGACUUAAAUUUGUGUAUAUAAACUCUGAAUGCAACAGUGGGUGUUACACACCGUAGUGACCCAUGAGAUAAUUGGCCAUAUUGCUGUAUGUGGUUCCUGGGAGGUUUAUAUUUCAUAAUGCAAUAUUGGGUUGAUAUGCCAUUUUGCUAUAUGGCUUUCUAGCUCACCUGGACUCAAAUUCCAGUGAGUAUAUUUCCUGGUCUAACUGUUGUUGGUCAUACAUCAUCAAUUUAAUCAACAUCACUUUUUGGGAAGGGUUGAUGAUGCUUCAAAAGCAUAUGGUAAAUCUAUCUCUGUGUACAUGUAUGCCGCUGCUUUGAAACAGAUAUGGUGUCAUUUUGAAAUCUUGAAAUAACUGUGAUAUUAUAUGACCAGGUGAGCUUCAAAGUCAUGGCGCUGUUUUAUAUGCUGUGUUUCCAACUGAUGUUUUUAUGACAAUGACAUGGGGUUUAUAUGUCAUAUUAACACAAUUGUAAUACCAUCCUUCCGGGCAUAGCCAUAUGGCCAUGUGACCAGGUUGUGUGUCAUGUGACAGGUCAUGUGAUUACAGUGAUCAUGUGACAUCAUGUGAUUGCCGAUGGAUUUGAUCAUGGUGCUUUUUCAUAUACCCGUUUGGAGUCACAAUACAAUAUUUUUAUGGUGCAUGCAAGAGAUGUCUCAGACUACAUUCACCAGUCUAUAGUUUCACAGUGUUUAUAGUUUUUACAUGGUCACAAUAAGCAUAACUGAAUAUACAUGUACUAAUUUGGGUUAGCCAUCUUACAAGUGUAGACAUAUAGAUAAAAUGUGUUGGGAAAAGGGAAUUAAUGGCAGUAAAGAGUUUGGCAUGUUGUAUGUUGACGAAGAUUUAAUGAAAGCAAUAAUGUCAUUGUGUAUCAGGGUGUCUCGGGGUGUCCACUGAUAUGUGACAGUAACUCUUGUUAUUAUGGUCGACUGUUUCCACCAGUGAACAUAAAGCUUACAGGAUAAAGGAAGGAUGCAUCAUUAAAUUUGUAAUAAAUUCUUAUUUCAUGGUACCAUGUCACCAAAUUAGUAAGUCAUAGAGUCAAUAUACUUUAACUUUUGCAAACCUAUACAGUUUCUUAACAUACAAAUUACAGAUUGCUUCAGUGGAAAGAUGGAAUAAGCGUGCACCCUACAUUCAGACAAAGUUUCCGUGUAUGUUCAUUUAUUUUGAAUGACCAGAUAUUCUUAAAUAAAUAUUUCCCUGUUACUUACUUUAUUGAGUGGAUUCCUUGGCUAGGCCCCAGAGAACUUUGUGCAACAGCUAGAUGCAGCCAGGGAGCUUGUACUGCUGUGUAAAGUGUCAAGGCAGUGUAAUUAUACCUAGCUAGUGUCAGCUCUACACAGUGAAGUAGUGGCACUGGUUCAAGCCCUGUGGACAAUAUUUAAAAUUAAACAUUGUUUAUUUAUGUCAAUGUUUAAUUUCAUGUACAGACAUUUUAAACCUUUGUACAAAGUUCUGUGUUAAUGGUGUUUUAGUUUGUGUUGUCGUCUUCUGUUUUUAUCAUCCUAGAUUUGUGUUCUUCAUAUGAAAUACCUCAUGACUGGGUAGCAUUACACACAAUAUCAAAAACAAGCCAAAAUGUUUGUUUUUUUAUUUCACUUGAUUUUCACGUACCAUUGUCGUUUUUUACUCCAGCGAAAACAACACCCCUGUUAUGGAGAUAAUGUCACUAGUGAUUUUUACAUUAAUUUUUUUAUAUUAAAGUGGUGUUUUCUUCACUCAUAAAGAACAUUUGAAUGGUUUACAUCGUGUUUGGUAUUACUUGAGUUGUCGAGCUGCUUUGUGGUGUACAGUGCUUGACAAUUUCUUGUAACUAAAAAAUGUAACAUGACAUGGUGAUGCAUUGUCAUUCCUACUGAGGAGUCAUUCAGGAGAGCCAGUAUAACACCAGUAUAACACCAGUAUAACACCAGAUUAGACUGACAAAACAAUUGAGUUCAUUGUGUUUCCAUAACACAGCAAUAAGGAAAGUUGUGAAGAUUUUUGGUUCUCAGUUCUCCCCAGCAGAGUUACCUCCCCUGACUUCAUUUUCAUCUUUGUUUCAUAGUGUGUAACCAAAGAUACUCUCUUUGUAUAAAUAUUUAACCAAAGAUUUGUGGUGUGACAUGAAGUAUUAGUUUAGAGUAAUUUCUUGCCCAUGGUUGGUUCAUGAAGAGUUUUUCAGGUUUGGUGUGAUGGUCAGUGAAUCCUUCAUAGUUCAUUAUCUCAUGUGUUAUAUCUUGAUUAUUACCCGGAGAAGUACCCUGGACCCAUACACUUUGUCUCCAGGAGAACUUGAAUGGCAAUAUGCUUAAAGGGGACAUGCUGACAAACGUUUUGUGUUGUUGGCAGUGACAAGGUACAGGAUGUAUGUUGCUAUAGAAGUGAGGUUUAACACUGGAUUAUUGAGCAAUUAUAUCUAUAGACAAAGUUAGCUCUUAAAGUAAAUGUGAAUUGAAAAAUUAGCUAAAAACUACUAAAAUUAUUAAACAUGUAAUUUUUCAGUAUUAGAUGAUAAAAUUGAACAAGUAAUUGAUAUACAUUAUUUUAUCUACAGACAAUAUGUGUCACUUAAUAUACUGUAUUAUGAAAUUUUGGUGAGAUGUUCGUAUAAAUCAUGAAAUAAAUUUAUACUUAAAAAAUGAAAACAAAUAUAAUUAAAUUUGUUUGGGAAAUUUUAAAAAUAAUAUUAUCCAUCUGACCUACAUUUAUAAAAAUAUGGGGUAAGUGUGCCUGUCGUGUAUGGGGUCAUUUAAGAAUGAUGUCCAACUGUUGUUUUUUGUUACAAUUAUGGGCAUUUUCAUUCUGAUUUGUUAGAAAUAUGUGCAAGCUUGAAAGCUUUCUGUGUUGCGUGUGUCAUUCAAGAACUGUUUCAUUGCUUAUUAUACAUCAAGUCCUAUUUUGCAUGUAUGUGCUAACAUUUAUCAUUGUCUUACCAUCAUCCUUCUUGUUCACUGCAGUCUCUUGUAAGACAAAACCUGACUGCUAGGACGGCCACUUUUACAAUUUAGCUUGGAUCUCGUCAAGAUAGAAAUAUGAGGCUGAACUGGUGUAUUGUCUUGGCGUGUAUUUACGUGACAGUUUUCUGACAUUGAAGUGUAUAUGGAUUUAGUUUCAGGAAGCUCUCUACCCUCUUAAUCUCUAGGGCUGCCAUUUCAGUAAACUUACAGUAAGCCCUGGAUCAUUUCCAUGUUUCAUGCGAUCACAAAUUGGCCACCCUUAUUUUCACCAACCAGUUUGAUUAGCUACAGAAAGCAUGUCUUCGUGUCCAUUACAACUGGCACUGACAAGUCCAUACCCAUUUCUGUACCUAGGGGUUUGAUUGGUCAGUAGAAUGGUAGUGAAAAUAAAGGGCAGGUAGUCUGAGAUUUUGAGAACCUUGAUAAUAGAUGAGGGUUUCAUGUAGGUAAACAAGAUGUUAGUCCCGGCAGUGUGGAGCUGAAAUAGGGAGGCCAGUUUUAAGUAUGAAUGUUGAGUAUUCAGAAUAACAUGUAGCAGUUCUUGUUUUGAUAUUAGAUAAUAAUUGAAAUAAGAAAGACAGUAAAACUUGGCAUUGUGUAUUUCAUAGUAAAACGUGACAUGAUUAUAAGAUGUAAAACUGUUUAACUUGCUAGGACUUCAUGAUCUGAUCCGUUGUUUACAUGUCAGGGUUGUGUUGGCCAGUCCAGGAAAUAUAUCCCUCCAAUUUUUGUAGUAUAUUUACAAAUGGUCAGUUUUAUUUACUUUUUACAUUGUACUUGUACAGAAGUCUCUUGUUGUGGAGGUAAAGCUUAUGUUUUAAAGAGCAAAUCUGUACCAGAUUUAUGUGUUCUUUUCAUUUUGAUGUGAAAUUACUGUCUUAUUUUUUAACAAAUGGCACUUUACCGUUCCUUAUGAAUUGAAUUGAAAUAUGAUUUGUAUUCUGUCUAAUUUUACAUUUUUUGUGUUGAAAUGAUGUGAUUUAUAAGUCAAAAGUUAUACUGUCAAUACAAACCGAAGUUGUUCAACUCAUAGUAAGUCAUGACAGACACAUGGAUGGAAGUAAUAUAAAAAUUGGAUGGUCCUUAACAUCUUGUGAGUGGUAUACAAGUCUUUUGGUUUGAAUCUAAAUUUGGAUUCUGAUGCAAUAGUGAUAUGGCCAAUAUGUGGUCAGGUCUAGAGAAAAUCUACAACAGAGAAAACCAGUAAUAACUUAAAAAUCACUGUUGAAAUAAGCUCCUGUCCAUGGCAGAUCUUGUAUUGGGCCAUAGGUUCAAAUAUAUGUGGCCUGCUGUAAAUUUAUCAGUCAUUAUAUGUGUCACAAUAAGCUGCAGUGUUUAACAUGAGAGCCUGAAGGGUUUAAUCAGGGCCUGCUGCUUCUAAAGUCUGCAGGUCCUACUGGCAGCCCGACAAUUGUUUUUGUUUCCGACACUGUUACAAAGUAAGAUAUAUUGCUGCCUAUGGUGUUAAUGCCCCUGCUCAUGUAGAGCUACAAUGUUGCUAUGCUGCUGUAACUGUAGUAUAGACCAGCUACCAGUGUGAUAACUUGCCUUAUAGCACAUGCUAACUAUGCUUGGAUGUAGCGUCAGAUGAUAGUUGGUUCUAGUAUAUACUUGUGCAAUCCCUAGGCUAGAUCAGGUGUAGAACAGAGUAGCAUUUAGAAGAAACUUACACCGCUACAGUUGCAGAAGUUCAUCAUCCAUACUACUUGUCAUUAGGACUCUUGUUAAAUUGUCAUCCAUAACUUCAUGUAUUUCACCUUGUACAUUAGUUUGUUUUGAUGUACACGGUAGUAUAUUUGGAACUGGAGUGUACUGUGGUGGAAAGUGUAUGGCAUGACACCAAACCUUGGUCAUGCUAAUUGAAAUUUCAGAUUUACUUUCUAAUUUUUAAACAAUAUUUGGCCUUCCUCACCUCUUUCUAACCUACAAAUUAGCUUCAAGAUUAUUUUUUUAAUUAUUAAUGUUUUGAUAAAACUGCAUCAUAUUUGAAAAUGAAACCUAAAGAGAUAUUAUGUAUAAUUCCAACAUGUUUCCUUUGAUAGGACCCCCCCUCCUCAGAAAUAUUGGAUGAGUGUAAUCCCUUCCAAAAAGAUCUUGCUUAUGACAGAAUCCAGUUUAGGUGUAAGCAUCCUGGGUGAUCUCCCUUACCCAGUGUGGCAAUGCUGGAUUAGGCACAUGUUGGAGCAAGGCCAAAGUAUGUCAAGUUGGUCCGAUAUUUCAUGAUAUGCUAUAGCACCUGAUUUAGCCUAAUUGUCAAGGAUCCCAGUAUUUGAGGUUUGUGUGAUGUGACAGCUGAUACCUGCCAUGUGUGUUGUGUUGUUGAUGGUUCAGCUGUACAACAUCUAGCAUUAACAUGCAGUCAUACCACUCCUGGAUGUCUUGUGUCUUGUGUGUCUGUGUAUAUACAACCACUUUCUGUCCAAAUGUCCUUUAGAAUUUGUUUCAUCUCUCAAAGUCUUUUGAAAAGAACUUAACUGUAGCAGAAGGGCCUGUUGUCGUACAGGAUACAAUAGAAAUGAACCCUGGCCAGAUCUAUGUAUAAAGAAAUGAUGUGUCCCAACUGAGCAUUACACUGAAACCACUGGGUGAGUCCUUGUAACAGGUGCUUGGUCUGUUUCACUGUCUGUAACCAUUUGUGAUCCUCUCUGCUCAGCUGUUUCGAUAAUUCAAAAACCAUAAACAAAGCUAAGCUAGAUUUUCUCAGGUUCAGGAUCUCCCAACUCACUGGGCUCCUUGUCAGUUUUACUAGAGUUACGUGCAUCUGUCAAAAUGAUAUAUUUUUAGAGAUGAAGUGUUAGUAUACCAGUUGCAAUGCAGACUUGUAGAAUGUCAAGAUGCAUGUGUUAGAGAUGGAAAAGUCUGUUCAAAACAGGAAAAUUAGCAAUCAUGAAUAUAUCUGGAGAUAUUUGAUAUUUAUGUGCUGCAUUUAAAACGUUUCAGUGCUGUGUAUUGGUUAGCUAGGGUAUAUUUCUGUAUUACCAUUCAGCCAAGGGACAUUUCUUUUGUUCCCCUUUUAACAACAACCCUUCAGCAUUACAUCCCAUGUGUAAAGCUUGGAUAUAUUCAACAUGUACAGAUGUGUAUCCUGCUUUGUUACCUGACUUCAGGUGGUGAAAAUAUCCAGUCAACUCCUAGAGGAUGUGGAGAGAUGGGAGUUGAGGCUGGUAGGAGUUACGGCUAUGGGCUUAGAUAGGGUAGGGUGUUAUGUGUUAGUAUUGUUAAGGAAAGGUUUAACAUAUCGGUAGACUUAAGACAGGAAAGUGGAAUAUUGGAUAUAUCAGGAAGGGAGUAAUGUGGGAUACAAUGUAUUGAAAGCAAACACGCAUAAUGGACAAGGGGUAUGGCAGGGAUAUGGGGUUAAGAAAGCAUGGGAUAUGGGGUUAAGAAAGAAUGGGAUUAAGAAAGUAUGGGAUAUGGGGUUAAGAAAGUAUGGGAUAUGGGGUUAAGAAAGAAUGGGAUUAAGAAAGAAUGGGAUAUGGGAUUAAGAAAGAAUGGGAUAUGGGAUUAAGAAAGUAUGGGAUAUGGGGUUAAGAAAGCAUGGGAUAUGGGGUUAAAAAGUAUGGGGUAUGGGGUUUAGAAAGUAUGGGAUAUCUAAUGAAUACAUUGUGAGAGUCUAAAUGUAUAUGGGUUCAGAAAACAGUUGGAUGUGGAAUAUAACCUGGAUAAAGGAAUAUGGGAAAAGGAAGCCAGGUAUGCUAUAUGCUGAAAGUAUGAGUUGACUUACAGGGUGCCAGCCAUUAUGCGUUUUGUAUUACAAAAUACAGCCAGAAUAUAGGUGGGUAUGGGUAAAUGUUAUUAACAGGAGAAAGGGUUAUGGGGUAGACCGACUCAGAUAAGGGGCAAGUGUCUCUAGCCCUGAGUGACUAUGCAGUGCAAGUUAAUUGUCUGAAAUCCAUCUUAAUGCCAACAGCAAACCAUAUCUCUUUUCACAUAUUGCUCUUUUCUAUGUAUUUUUAUAAUGCUCGCAUAGUUUUGACUGUGUAGUUUUAUAUGCUAUUUUAGACAUUGUAUUUUUAAACAAUGAAAAUGUGACUUUCUUUUUGAGGCUUUUAAAGCCAUAUUUAUUACAGCCUGUAUGUAAUAAACAAAAGUCUUUGUAACAGA